AUGUCACACCAUGUGGUUACUAAAGCAGUUGGGCCAUCAAAAUUUGCCCUAAAGAACCUUCGGCACUACACGGUCCAUCCAAAUUUGGCCAAGUACUAUGAACCUUUGAAGCCCACUAAAGUGCAGAAAUUCCUGGCUCACAAGAGGAAACUCAACAGCUUCAUGUUAAAAGUGGCAGAGUUUGAUCAAUAUAUGACCUCGCUGUUGAUGACCAACAACCCUCUUCCUACCCCCGCCCUCAACGAGCAGGAAAAGUACAGCGUUACAAAAUACUUCCCCCAGGAGUUACUGCUGGAGGAAACUCGGCAGAAGCGAAAACCCACCAGGAACUUCUGGCUACCCCUAAUGCCUGAGAAAAAGGAGUCCAGGCUUGAGCUGAAGCCAGUCUUCUUUGUGAAACGGUUGGAUGAUCCCAUAUCGAAAGAAAAACAAUGGUUCAGGUUUUCCACUGACAAUGACUUCGAGAGUGAAGGGAAGUAUUCAGAAGUCUAUGCUUUGAGGACACAGAAAAAAAUGUACCCUCAGUUCAACAUUGCUUCCGCCUGCCAAAUCAAUAUGAAGAAAGAUGCCAAGACGACUGUGAGCGAGAUGCCAACUUCGCAGGUCCUUUGGGAACCACUCACAUUUUCAAUGCUUCUGGAAGACAAUCCCACCAGGGAUGCGCCAGGGGAGAGGGCCUUCCGCCACGGAAGGGCCACGCAGUGGAUCGUCAAAAACGCCGCUGUCAUUAAGUGAAAGCAAAAA